UUCAAGGCUCUCACCCGAGCCAAAAAAGUCACAAGGCGCUAUCUAUAGCUUAAUAUCGGUGGCCAUAUUUUGUUCGAUUCACUUCAUCCUGAGGUUUAGCAGGAGCUUGAUAUCGGUGCGGCAAUGGACGCCAUGGAAAGAGGACAGGGCUCGCCGCGGCUGCCAAAGAGCCGGGGCUCAAAGAUCGACGAGGAAAGCCUCAGGGUGCCGCUGAUAGAGAGCAAGAAAACCGGCAGCCGGGCGCCGGCGGUGGUCCUCGGGUUCGAGUGCCUCGAGAGCACGGCCUUCAACGGCGUCGCCACCAACCUGGUGCUGUACCUGGAGAGUGUCCUGCACGGCAGCGGCCUCGCCAGCGCCUCCAACGUCACCACCUGGAUCGGCACCAGCUUCCUCACGCCCGUCCUCGGCGCCAUCCUCGCCGACACCUUCUGGGGCAACUACAACACCAUCCUCGUCUCCCUCGUCGUCUACCUUCUGGGUAUGAUGCUCAUCACCUUCUCUGCGCUCCUGCCGACCACCGAGCUGUGCGGGCUGGGCUCGUCGUGCCACCCGAUGUUCGGCGCGCACACCGUCGCCUUCUCCGGCCUCUACCUCGUGGCGUUCGGCAGCGGCGGCGUGCGCGCGGCGCUGCUGCCGUUCGGCGCGGAGCAGUUCGACGACGACAACGCCGUGGACCGGGAGCGGAAGAUGGCAUUCUUCAGCUGGUUCUACAUCUGCGUCGACUUCGGCAUGAUCGUGUCCGGGCUCUUCCUCGUGUGGAUCCAGCAGAACGUCAGCUGGGGCCUCGGCUUCGGCAUCGCCACGGCCUGCAUCGCGCUCGCCUUCGUCGGCUUCGUGCUUUUCACGCCCAUGUACAAGCGCAGCAUGCCGACCGGCAGCCCGUUCAAGAGCCUGUGCCAGGUCCUGGUCGCCGCGUGCAGGAAGGUCACCCUCCGCGUCCCCGCCGACGCCGCCGUCCUCUACGAGGUCAGCGACAAGAUCGACCAGCCCAGGAUCGCGCACACCAAGGAGUUCACGUUCCUCGACAAGGCGGCCGUGGUCGCGGACUCGGACCUGGAGGAGGUGACGAACGUCGACGCCGCGGCGGCGGCCGCGGGCUCGUGGAGGCUGUGCACGGUGACGCAGGUGGAGGAGCUCAAGAUCCUGAUGCGGCUGCUGCCGAUCUGGGCGACGAGCAUCGUGCUGUCCGCGGCGUACGCGCAGCUCAACACCACGUUCGUGCAGCAGGGCAGCGCCAUGGACAUGCGGGUCAUGUCCUUCACCAUCCCGGCCGCGUCCAUGGUGUCCUUCGAGGUGAUCUGCGUCCUGGCGUGGGUGCUGCUCUACGGCUCGGUGAUCGUGCCGGCGCUCAGGAGACUGUCCCCAGCGAGCGGCGAGCCGUCGCAGCUGCGGCGGAUGGGCGCCGGGCGGCUGCUCAUGGCGUUCGCGAUGGCCGUGGCGGCACUGGUGGAGAUGAGGAGGCUGGAGGCCGCCGGGAGCGGGGAGUCGAUCAGCAUCGGGUGGCAGAUGCCGCAGUACUUCGUGCUGGCCGGCGGGGAGGUGUUCUGCUACAUCGCGCAGCUGGAGUUCUUCUACAGCGAGGCGCCGGAGUCGAUGAAGAGCAUGUGCACGUCCUUCGCGCUGCUCACCGUGGCGCUGGGCAGCUACGCGAGCUCGCUGAUCUACGCCGUGGUGGACGCGCUCACGGCCACCGGCGGCCGGCCCGGGUGGAUAUCGGACAACCUCAACGAGGGGCACCUCGACUACUUCUUCUGGACCAUGGCAGCGCUGUGCACGCUCAACUUCGUCGUGUACAGCGCCUUCGCUAGGAACUACCAGGUGAAGACGGUCGUGUCGUGAUCGUGUUCGUUCCUUAUUCGUCGGCGUACAUAAAGGGGUCAUCGGAUUUCGCACUGCAACACGCAGUGCGGUGGUACAAAAGAUUUGUUUUGUUCUUGUUGCAGAAUUCAAAAGGUUCUUUCUUUA